AUGGCCGACAGGAGCUGGAUGCAGUUACAUAGAGGGCAUCCGCGAUACAUGAGAGGAAUUUUUGAAUUUAUCGAGUUUGCCCGUGGUAAGACUUCUCCUGGACAACUUUUCCACAUUUGUCCCUGCGGAAAAUGUCGCAACAGAUCUGCCAAUUCUGUAACUUUUGAGGACAUGUAUGUUCACCUGUCACAAUAUGGUAUUUGUCCCAAUUUUACCACUUGGAUAUGGCACGGCGAAGCAAGUGAACAUAUGCCCACAUUUGUAGAUAUUCAAGCACAACGUAACCAGGGCGAGUCUUCCUCUAGUGCCAAUUUCGGGGACCCUGGUGUGAUGAAUUUCCUAAACGAUGCAUUUCCGUCCGCCUCAGCAUACGAUGGAAGUGUUUCACAGGACAACAGCAAUACAACAUUCCCUGAUGUCUCCCAGAUGAGUAUCAAAAAGAAGAGGAACAAGACCGUUGCUUGUUUUAACGAUGACAUUGCACUUCUAAAGGAGUUGCUUCCUGCUGACAACGACUGUCCGAAAAAUUAUGACAAGGUCAAAAGCAUCUUGAGUGAGUUCGGUCUUGAGUACAUCAAGAUAGAUGCAUGCGUCAAUAACUGCAUCCUGUACUACAAAGGUUAUAAGGCCGCAUUCGAGUGCCCACACUGCUAUGAGCCGAGGUAUGAACCACACGCUCGUUCUAGACAGACAGGCCCCAUUCCUAGGAAGGUUCUUCGCUAUUUCUCAUUGGGUCCUCGUCUACAACGUCUCUAUAUGUCUUCACAUACGUCCAAACAUAUGAGAUGGCACCACGAAAGGCACCAGCAGGGGCCGGAUAGGCCUAGGGUAGAUCCGGAUAAUCUCACACACCUCGCAGACGGGGAGGCUUGGAAUCACUUUGACCGUUCAUUUCCUGAUUUUGCCUUUGAAUGUCUAAAUGUCAGACUUGGACUAGCAACAGACGGAUUCAAUCCUACUGGAGACAUGAAUAACUCUUACAGUAUAUGGCAUGUGAUAGCAUUUCCGCUCAACUUGCCUCCAAACAUGUGCAUGAGGACGGAGUACAAUUUUCUUACUGUGUUAGUUCCGGGCAAGUAUAGUAAGACUUACUUCUUCAUGAGAGCAGCGGUUCUUUUUACCGUCAAUGAUUUUCCUACUUACGGGAUGAUAUCUGGUCAAACUACCCAUGGAUACAAGGAGUGCCCUAUAUGUAUAGACGAGGUCAAUUCCAGUCAUCAUGCCCACAGAGUUGUUUACUUAGGAUCCCGUAGAUGGCUUCCACCGGAUCACCCGUGGUGGUACGAUGCACAAGUAUUUGAUGGGACUGUUGAGCAUGGCCCGAAACCAGAAGGGAGGUCUGGUCAAUGGAUUCUGGAUAUGCUGAACCAGCACUGGUUUGGAAUUUUAAGCAGCACUAGGUAUGUAAACGACCAGAAUCCUCCCACCCCUGAAGAGUUUAAGUAUUGGACGCACAUGAGUUCAUUCUUUGAGUUGCCUUACUGGUUGACAUUGAAGAUCAGACACAACUUAGACGUCAUGCACAUAGAGAAGAAUGUUUGUGACAACAUCCUUGAAACAAUUCUAGACAUCAAAGACAAGACCAAAGACACCGCCAAAGCUCAUGCUGACCUUCAAAAGAUGGGUAUACGUCGAAAUCUAUGGAUAAAGUUGAACAAAAAGACCGGCAAACAUGUAAUGCCUCAACCUCAAGUAGGCUACACGGUGGUUCCUAAUAAGAGGUCAGAGAUAUUUAAGUGGCUUCGUGAGGUUAAGUAUCCUAGUGGGUAUGCUGGAAAUAUAGCUCGAUGUAUUAAGAUGGGGGAAAAUAAGAUUAUCGGGUUGAAGACCCAUGACUGUCAUGUGGUUGACACGCAACUUGGAGAUUACAAGAAGACGAACAGGAACAAACAUUUCCCUGAAGGUUCGAUCACGGCGGCGGCUUACAUUUCUAGUGAGUGUGUAACCUUCUACAACAUAUAUCUUAAUGAUGAACACACGGGAGGGGAAUCUUCAGGAGGGGGAAAUCAAUUUCAUUUAUCAGUUGUUUCCGACGAAGUACAACCGUAUGGCAGGCUAGGUAGGGAAUACAGAUUGAGUCGCGAAGAAUUGAAGGAGGUUCAUUGGUGCGUCCUUCAACAUUGCGAUGAAUUGGAGGACUAUCUGGAGAAACAAUUGAGCAAGCAAAAUGGGAAUGAAGCCAUUCACAAGAAAGAUUUUCCUGACUACUUCCCGAUUUGGAUGAUGGAUAUUCAACAGAACCAACGUGAAUUUUACGACCCCGAGCUGCAUUGUUUGGCUGGCGGACCGCUAAAGCACAGAGCACAUGCGGUAUGUUUUGUUAACGGGGUUAAGUUUGUGACAUCAGAACGAGAUGAUGGUCGCAUCACCCAAAACAAUGGAGUCAUGGUUGAGGACAAGUCUCACAACUACUACAGGGUGCUUAUUAGUGUUAUCGAACUAAUCUACGGGAACCGUAUGCCGGUCGUGUUGUUCAAGUGCAAAUGGUUCAAUACUGACCCAAAUGUUUGCAGGAGUACGGUUACAGACCAUGGUUUGUUAUCAGUGAACACAAACACUUCAUGGUAUGAGAAUGAGCCGUUUGUUAUUGCCGCCAUGGCACAACAAGUCUUUUAUCUUGAUGAUCCGGCUAUGGGUGAGGGUUGGAAAGUGGUGCAGGAAACUCCACCUGUAAUUCCCAAUGACAUGGACAUUCGCGUCAACGACCAACACGUUCCAGCCAUUACAGGUUACAUUGAAGUUACUGUGACUGAACCCGAAGAAGAUGACGAAUACGAGGACGAAGAAGAUGAGGAUUCAGAGGAAUUCGAGGAGGAUGAUGAUCCCGAAGACCAAGAUUAUGAAGACGAGUAUGAUUAA